AUGCGCGAACAAGCUCGUAAAGAGGCCGGCAAGUCUCACAAGGACAAAGUGGACUCUUUUAAUGCAUACCUAGACUCACUCAGUGAGCAUCAUGAUAUGCCCAAGAUUGGUCCUGGCUGA